AUGGCAACCCCACAGGAGACAGGCUUUGCCUUCUAUGAGGAGAACCCAGAGAGCAUGCUGACGGCCCUCGAACAGCUCGACGAGUACAUUGAAGAAGAAGGUCCAUUUGACGGGGUGGUUGGAUUUUGCCAUGGUGCGGGUGUAGCGGCUGAGUACAUUAUCCACAAAUUCCAGCAGGAUCCUGAAGGCGAACAACCUUUCAAGUGCGCCAUACUUAUCGGUGCGGGUAUUCCCAGCAAUCCAGCGGAGCUAAAACAAGGCAAGAUUCGUCAGCUAAAGGUAGAGACUGACGGUGAGAUCAUUCGUCUGCCAACAGCGCAUAUCUGGGGCAUCAAUGAUCCGGUUUACGAUGUGUGUGAGAGUGUCAGCAAACUGUGCAAUUCCAAGACAAGGGCUGUCUUCAUCCAUGACGGGAUCCACGAGGUGCCCAACUAUAAUUCGAAGGAUGGUUUGGCAGGGGCUGUCAAGAUGAUUCGGAGGACCGUGGAUCGGGGACUAUACCAGUAG